AUCCACCAAUAUAUUUUAAAAUGCAAUUCAAGUCUGUCCUCGUCGCUUUAACUGCCAUUACUGCUGUCCAAGCCGCUAACGCUUCUAACGGAUCUAACGGAUCUUCCUCCUCCGACGAAUCUGGUGCUGCUAUUGUCUCCACCGGAUUGUUGGGUGCCGCUGCUGCCGCUGGUGUUGCUUUGUUGUUGUAAGUCUAUUAACAAAAGCCUAAUUUCAAUUUGUUUAACCUAGUUUUAAUUUAAUAGAUGUAUUUUUAAUGAACAACUCUAGC